AUGUCUGCCUCGCCUGACUUGCACACCCACGACCUGGUCGACUUGACAUCGCUCUGGGGCUACUGCGACUCGCUCGCACCGCCGCCCGACGCGUCUACUCCCACCACCCGAUCCACAUCGACCGAUGCCCAAUCAAUCGCUACUUCUUCCGCCUCGGGCGCUUCGAUCCGCCCACGCGCCGCCGUCAAAUUGCCUCCUGCUCGACGCUGGAACGCUGCUCGCUCCAAACAGCUGGCUUCCGCAUCCUACACGUCCGCUCCUCAAUACAGCACCCAGCUGCCCAUGGCCGGUCGUCACCGCGUCACUACCACGCUCUGGGAAGAUGAGGGUACUCUAUGCUUUCAAGUAGAUGCACGAGGCGUCUGCGUCGCUCGCAGACACGACAACAACAUGAUCAAUGGCACCAAGCUACUCAACGUCUGCGGCAUGUCUCGUGGCAAGCGCGAUGGUAUCCUCAAGAACGAAAAGGAGCGCGUCGUCGUCAAAGUCGGGGCGAUGCACCUGAAGGGCGUAUGGAUCACCUUUACUCGUGGCAAGCAACUCGCGGAACAGAAUGGAAUUUCGGAAGUGCUGUACCCUCUCUUUGAAACGAACAUCCAAUCAUUCUUGUACCACCCCGACAACUACCCUCGCACGGCUGCGGUCAUGGCAGCGGCUCAAGAGCGACACGCGUCGCGCUCCCGUGUUCCAGGUAGCCCCGGUCACGCAAACGGAGCCGGACCUGGCUCGCAUCGUCCAAGUGGCGGCGCUCGCGAAGAGGAUGGAAGUGCGCCGCUAGGUCUGCCAGGAUCCAACCAGUCGUGGGGUCACCCUCCAGCCUCGACCACUCAGCACCACUCCGGUAGCGCUGGCGGCUACAACUCCAACACCGCUUCCCCUCACCUUUCCUCGAGCCACCAAGCCGGUGCUGUACCCGGUGGCGCUCAGGGAUACGGAGCUCGUCCAGCUUCUGGAGAUCGCCGUCACAGCAACGUAGGCCAGGAUGGUCACGCUGGAGGACAUGCCGGUGUGCCGUACGGCCUUGCUCAACCCUCGCCAAACGCUGUCCCUGGCGGUGCUCGCCGCUCUGCAAGCGGCUUGAAGCGCAGCUACGAUGAACACGGCGACUCGAAUGACAGCAUCGCCCCACCAGCUCCAGCUCCUGGCAUGGCGUACGGAGGAUUGUCUUCGAAUGGAUCGAACGGAAGUCUUGCUGGGAACGGGUACGGUCACGGAGGAGAGAGCCCACGCAUGUACAAGCGUGGCCGAGACAAUACCAAUGGUCACGGCGAUGUCUCUGGUGACUAUUCCGGGGCCGAUGCCGACGUUUCGCGCUCUCGGCCCCAAGUGAAUCCGCUGAACAUCCGAGCGGGGGGUUACUAG